CAAGACCAAGGUCACAAAGGGGGUGCUGUUUUGCCCAAAUAGACAAAAGACCAACACAUGGUGAAAAUAUAGGUAGCCACAAAAGAAAAGAUGUUUAGGGAAGGCCUGAUAAAGCGGUCAUUGUGAAUGUGCAACUGACUCUGACUUUAGGCGCUUGUAGGUUUUCCUCGUCGACAUUUAAGUCGUAUCUACUCCCCUUGGCCAUUUUGCGUUUGGAGAUGAGUACUUCAUGAUCAUCGACAAGGAGCCUGGCGGCCAGCAGUGGAGCAAGCGUCCAUGGCGAAACUUGACUGCCGGGGACGUCCCACUGGGCUCCGUCAUCACCAACCCAAAGAGGCCCGAGGAAGCCGUCGCCCAGCUCAGGUUAAGCCCGGCCCGGGAUGUGCAAUCGGUCAAAUACAAGCAGUUCGCCGCCGCAGGCCUCGGCACGGGAUACGGCGACCUGCUUCAGGAAAUGCCCGAGAGGCGCCGCGACGGCUUUCACCGGACGACGAUGCAAUUCGUCACCGGCGCGACCACCUUCUCCAGGCUGCAGAGCUACAGUGCGGAUGAGCUGGUGCGGCAGCAGGCCGCCAGGGUAACGAUGGCGGCCGGCGUACACCUGUUCCUCGUGACGGGAACCAUGGUUGCCGAGGGCGAGUGUACAUUCACAACGUCGCUGGACGGGAACGAUCGCAGCGAAACGCAUACACAAGCGCGAGUUGAUAAACCGGGCUUUGGACCACGGCUGCUCGGGCUGAAGUUGGUCGAGGUCUGGCAAAAGAGCCCCACGUCUGGCGAAGUCUGCAGCAAACCGUACCAACCAACUUCUGGUUACACCUAUGCCUACGAGGAGGAUAGGGUUGAAGGUGUAUACACGGUUCUCGACGGGUGAUAUGGGAGCGUGAGUGUGUAAUUCUUGGACAUUAUCUGCAAUGCAUAGCGAAAGGGGAUCGGCAUAGACAUCCAAAUAAAGACUGCAUAAACCCUAUGUACAGUACUUGCCAUCAAUCAUAACAACCGCGGCGAUCAUGUCA